AUGUCUAGAAACGUUGUGCUAUCGGUUAUAGCGACAGCUGCAAUAACCACAAUAGCAGUUGAAUUAUAUCAUAAAUAUGCAUCCAAACCACCAUCAACAACAUCAAAAUCAUCAUCCAAUGCAUCACAAACUUCACGACCAAAACAACAUUCAGAAGAACUUAUUCGAGAACAAUUAGCAAGAAAUUAUGCAUUUUUAACAGAAGAAGGAAUGACAAAAGUUAGAAGUCAAAGAAUAAUAGUUGUUGGAGCAGGAGGAGUUGGAUCAUGGGUAGCAACAAUGUUAGCAAGAUCAGGAGUUGAAAAUUUAAAAAUUAUUGAUUUUGAUCAAGUUUCUUUAAGUUCUUUAAACCGUCAUUCAGUUGCUAAUUUAGAAGAUGUUGGUAUAUCAAAAGUUGAAUGUUUAAAAAAUCAUUUGAUUAAAAUUGUUCCUUGGGCUAAUAUUGAAAUAGAAAAUAAAUUAUGGAAUUUAAGUUGUAGUCAAGAUAUAAUAGAUUAUAAACCAACUUAUGUUAUUGAUUGUAUUGAUAAUUUUGAUACAAAAUGUGAUUUAUUAACAUUUUGUUAUAAUAAUAAUAUUCCCAUUGUAUCAUCUGGUGGAGCAGCAACAAAAUCAGAUCCAACAAGAAUUAAUAUAUCAGAUAUUUCAAAAACUGAAGAAGAUCCAUUAUGUAAAAAAAUUAGAAUUGUUUUAAGAAAAAGAGGUAUCACUACAGGUAUACCAAUGAUAUUUUCAGCUGAAAAACCUGAUCCAAGAAAAGCAAAAUUAUUACCAUUGGAUGAAAAUGAAAUUGCAAAGGGAGAUGUUGAUCAAUUAAGUGCUUUAAAAGAUUUUAGAGUUAGAAUUUUACCAGUAUUAGGUACAAUGCCAGCGAUGUUUGGUUUAGCAAUUGUAUCAUUUAUAUUAGCUAAAGUUUCAAAUUAUCCAAUAGAACCAAUUGAAGGUAAAAAUAGAUACAAGAUAUAUGAUGAUAUAUUACAAAGUUUAGCAGGUCAACAAACAAGAAUUGGUAAAACAGAUCAAAGAGUUCAAAUAUCAAUGAAUGAUGUUAUUUAUUUAUUAGAAGAUGUAUUUAGAGGAAAAUCUCCAAUAUCAAAUUAUUCAACAAGAUUAACUUUAAGUAGAUGGGAUCCCAGGAAGGAAAUUAGUUUACAAAAUGUUGUUUUAAUGACAAAAGAAGAACAAAGAAAUCAUGAAAAAAGAGUAUUAAAUGGUGGUGAAUCUUUAGAUGUGGUGUAUCUGAAAGAUAUUAUUGAUUUAGUAAAUCAAAGGUUUAAAGAUGAAGCUUAUUUUUCUAAAUUUUUGUGA